AUGCGGAUCAUCACAUUCAUAUUGUACAGCAUUACGCUGCUGGCAUGUCAUGGCGAUGCUAAGGCUGUGUUCGCCCACUUCAUGGUUGGAAACACAGCUUCGUAUAACCAGGCUCUAUGGGAGACAGAAAUGGAACUCGCCAAGGCGUCACGCAUCGAUGCCUUCGCACUUAACAUUGCUCGCGGCGAGAAAAUGAACGCCGAUCAAAUCAAGAACGCAUUUGCUGCAGCGAGGGUCAAGAACUUCAAGCUCCUCUUCUCUUUCGACUAUGCAGGCCGUGGACCGUGGCCGGCAGGGGAAGUCCUCGAUCUUCUCCGUCAAUACGCUGGCGACAGUGCACACUUUAUGCAUAAUGGCCUUCCUCUGGUAUCUACCUUUGAGGGUCCCGAUCAAGCCAGCGACUGGAUUAGCAUCAAGGCGCAGGUUCCUUGUUUUUUCGUACCAGACUGGUCGUCCAAAGGCGCCGAACCCGCCAGCAAGCUAGCCAACGGCGUUGCGGAUGGUCUCUUCAACUGGGCGGCGUGGCCGAACCACCCCAAUUGGUCCAAGGACACAUACAUCGACGCAUCGUAUCGAAGGGCAUUGGGCAACAAGCCGUACAUGAUGCCUGUUUCGCCUUGGUUCUACACCAAUUUACCCAAGUACGACAAGAACUGGCUAUGGCGUGGUGAGACGCUUUGGUUCGACCGCUGGGCACAGGCGCUACAUGUCCAACCCGAAUGGAUUCAGAUCAUCUCUUGGAACGACUACGGCGAGUCCCAUUACAUUGGACCUAUUCGCGGAGAUGCGUCGCUGGUGGCCCUUGAUGACGGGAAAGCCCCGUUCAACUACGUCAAGGGCAUUGAGCACGGCGCUUGGCGGGCAUUCCUGCCAUACGCGAUCAGCCUCUACAAAACCGGUACAGGGACUAUCACACAGGAGGGUGUGAUGAUGUGGUAUCGACAGCAGUCCGUCGCCUCUGGUUGUAAUGAUGGGGGCACGACGGCGUACACGGCAACACACAUGCAGCCUGAGGGUAAAUGGACAGAGGGUCUCAAAGACGGUGUAUUCUUUGCAGCCCAGCUAGGUUCGAAUGCCACGGCCGAGGUGACGAUUGGCGGCCAGACCUUCAAACCAUCCUGGCGAUUCGAACCCCAUGGCGGUGUAGGUAUCUACACUGGCUUCGUACACACCUCCGCUUUGGGUGCUGUUCGUGUCGACAUUCGAAGAAAUGGCGGCCUCGUCGCCAGCGCAACAGGUGCCAAGCCCAUAGGCGAGUGUCAAGAAGGAUACUACAACUUCAACCCUGUGAUUUAUCUUGGCUGGGGCGCCUCGAUUGCGGCUCGCAGUCCCCCUAUCAACAUCAAAGACGCAACUUGCAUUGAAGGCACUGGCAUUGGAGAGUUUGCGGAUCUCUGCAAGUAUACUUGCAAGUACAACUAUUGUCCUGUCGAAGCCUGCAUGUGUCUCAAGUAUGGUCCACUGCAGGGGGGCAAUAUCGUUCGCGGUCCACCGGGCUAUCCUGCUGCAAAUCGAGACACUAACUACGAUGGCCUAUGUGCUGUGGCCUGUAGUUACGAGUACUGUCCUCCGAAGUACUGCGGCAGGGUCAAGUUGACUCCCAUUGUUUCAAGCGUCUCGCCUUUCACACCCAGCUCGUGCACAAGCGGAAGGGCGAAUCCGGCCGCUGUCAGCAGCGAGCAUGCUCUUCGGGCUCUCGAGCAGAUCUGCUCCUUUGGCUGCAAGCAUGGUUAUUGCCCCAUUGACGCCUGCAUCUGCGACAAAACUGGAGCACUCGUUCUUCCGAAGCCUGACACUUUCACUGGUGACAAACCUGAUUUUGGCUGGAGUCUCAUUGGAAUCCGUCUCUUGUGCCGCUACACUUGCGGCUGGGGCGUUUGUCCACAGUUGUUGUGCAAAUCGGAGGACAGUUUCUGCGCCGGCGGCUGUGCACUGAGCUACAGGCCUUGUUACUACCAAACAGACUACGCAAGCCUGGAAGCACUCGCCGGCCAAGCCAGCAACAUGGAGCCGGAUUGCGCUUCUUACCACGGACUUAAUGUCCUUGCAAACAUGCUGGAAGGCUGGGAGACCGAGUACGAAGGUGUCAAGUCAGGCUAUGACGAUGCCUGGCCCACGUACGAGCAAUACAUUCGCGACGCUGUUGAGCCUGCCAUCUCCAAGAUCAUGACUGAGAAGGACGGCGUGGCUACCAAAUUCUUCAAGUGCUGGCGAUUCGACGACGGCGUCAACGAAAACCAGAAGCAUCGAGCUCGUGAGAUAUCGUGCACCGGCGACGACCGCUUCUGGGGCCCGCAGCUGUUCCGCUCUUUCUGGUUCGACCUGAUCGAUGCCGCCGGUUUCAACGCUACCCUGGAAGAAGCAGGUGUCGACCCUGAGUGGGUUACAUUUGACACAGUUUCGACAACCCCGCCGUGUCUCAGCCCCGGUGACCAGUUUUGCAAUCGCGGCUUCAGGGCCGAGUACGGCUAUCCUGUUCCCAGGGAAAACAUGGUCGUUCCAAACCCCAAGGACCUUGUCGGAAAGGCUUUCGAAGGCGUCAACUCACUGCACGAGGCUCUGUCUUCCAGCUCGCUAGACAUUGGUGCAGACAUCUGGCACGGUUCACCCACAGAGCUUUUCGAUGUCCUGGCCGUCCCCGUCUUUAUGGUUGGCGAUGCCAUCGGGAGCAUGAAAGAGAUCAAGGAUAUUGCGAAGAAGGUCAACGACGCCAAGAAGAAGGAUCUCAUCAUGCUCAUCAUUGAGUCCAUCCUCAUGGUCCUGCCCUUGGUAGGCGUCAUUGUAGGCCAGGCAGGCCGCGCCGGCCUCAUGGCAGCUCGUCUCGUCCAUGCCAUCGAAGCAGGCGGCAGUACUGCUCUGACACUCAAGGAUGUCAUUGAGAACCCCGACUCUGCGCCAGUCGCCAUCGCUAUGAUGGUCCUCGAUGUGGCUGGCAGUGGGCGGUCUCCAGACAAUGUCAAUCAAAUGUCCCAGAUGAAGAGUCUGAUGGACGCACCUACGGUGAACAACAUGGGCAAGCAGUUCAAGUUGUACAACCCUCACGUUAACAAUAUUGUUUCUGGGGCUUGUAAGAAGAACUAA